AUGGAUUCUGCUGUGAUUGCAAAGGCGGUAGUUCAAGUGAUCCGCGAAGUUAUCGAAGCUGAUGACCACGAAUGGACAUCUGUCAUCACUGCCCCUGUUGGCACCACCUGGACUUGUCGCGCGAGCCACAUCACCACAUGGUACCCUCCUCCGACUGAGAUCAGCAGCGCCCAGAAACGCGACGUCCCAGCCACGACAGUCCUGCGUGAUGAUGACGCCAACUUGGUUGCAUCUGUCACGAGAAUGGCCCGGCCGACAAUCUCCAGCUCGUUCGCUCGUCCACCAUACAAUCCCGAGAUGCUAGCGGACUUGCAAAACACAUUCAACCACGUCUGUCGCGGAAGAAAGCACAACGGCGUCAAUGUGAUUGACCUGGACGACUACUUUGGCUACUUCAACGUCACCGCCGAGCGCAGAGUUUCAGACUACGCCAGGGAUGUGGAGGCAAAGUUUCGAGCACACGACAUCAACAAAGACGGAGUGCUGACAAUUGAGGAAGUCCAACUGCGUUGCGGCAGCGAUGGUUGUAUGCAGGCUCAGUAG